UUUUUCUUCAGUCAUAGAAUCUGGUGGGUUACAGGAUUUGGGGUAGUUGCAUUUUUAUUUGUCAAUAAAAGGUAAAGGUCAGAGGAGGAAAAAUUAGUGGAAGUGACUACAAUUAGAGUCAUUACUAUAGCGUGUGCACUGUCACAGAAUCCAGGUUACUAUGAUAUAAGAGCAGAAGACAUCUCUGUGUGGCACGUUCCCAACGACUUCCCACUGGACCACUGGAACCUGGCAGCCAUCCUCCACUACCACACCAACAACCGCUUUUUCAGACUGUAUGGAGGGAACCUCUUUCAGCUCUUCAAGAUAUGUUAUACCAUAUGCUUUUGUUUUUGGUGGUUUUGGUGUUGGUAGAACAUGCCGCCUUUGCAGCUGCUGCUUUAGAAAUGGUAAAUGAAGAGCUCACCCACACAGAAGCCACCAGGGAUGUUGAGACACCUCAGAACCUCACCAGAACAAACUUUGAACAUUUGGAGAGACUGAGCAACAGAUCCAGAUAUGUUGCAAGGAGUUGUAAAGAGAUCAGGGACAGAUAUAAUGAACAAGAAGAUGGGCUAUACUACCUGACCACUGCUAAUGGCAUGGUCUAUCAGACCUUCUGUGAUAUGACCACUGCGGGAGGUGGCUGGACGCUGGUGGCGAGCGUCCAUGAGAACAGCAUUAAUGGAAGGUGCACAGUGGGCGAUCGCUGGUCGAGCCAGCAGGGCAACAAUCUUAACCUUCCAGAUGGAGAUGGGAACUGGUCCAACAGAAACACCUUUGGAACAGCAGAGGGCGCCACCUCAGAUGAUUUUAAGAAUCCAGGUUAUUAUGAUAUAAAAGCAGAAGACAUGUCUGUGUGGCACGUUCCUAACAACUUCCCACUGGACCACUGGAACCUGGCAGCCAUCCUCCGCUACCACACCAACAACCGCUUUCUCAGACUGUAUGGAGGAAACCUCUUUCAGCUCUUCAAGCAUUAUCCAGUGAGAUACAAUAUUGGCUCGUGCAGCAACAGAGGGCCAGCUGUUCCCAUUGUGUAUGACCAUGGAGAUAGAGAGACCACCAGAAUGUUUUAUGGACUUAAACCAAGAAAGGAAUUUGAACCAGGAUUCAUCACAUUCAGAGCAAUAAACAAUGAACGUGCAGCCAUGGCUAUCUGCUCUGGGGUCAAACCGAUCGCUGGAUGCAACACUGAACAUUACUGUAUAGGAGGAGGUGGAUAUUUCUACCCUGAUCAGUGUGGGGACUUCCCAUCAUUUGACUAUGACAGUCUGGGAAUGGGUCAAGGCUGGAGCGCUUCCAAAGAGAUGACUGAGGCUGCUGUCUUACUGUUCUACCGCUGAGAGGAUUAUAUUUUGCAAGUAGAUGAGUGUUGUUUAUGAUGGGUGCAAACCAAACCAGCUGGUGGAGGCCUGGGGGAGGCUGGAGAUGAAGUCACUUAAAUAGGCUGAGGCCCAUCAAGUCAACCAUAAAAGCAUUUGGCAGGGAGUACGCCACACUAGUAACAGUCCCUUUUGUACCCAUUUAGAUGUUAUAGCAAACAGUUGUUUGUAAUUCAGCUGCUCUCCAGCAGAUGGUGUUAUUAAACUGUAUAUUCAAAUAAAACAUCAAGCAUUGUUGGAUGUUUCAGUUUAAAGUUGUCAUCCUGAUCUGUAACCUAGUUGGGGAGGGGGCUUUGUGCUGCUCAAAGUCACUAUCUUUUGAAUCCUCUCUGUCCAUUGACAUCAACUGAAGAUUGAGGCUGUCUGCUUGACCACUGUGAUGUCCUGUGAUGUCCUGUGUGCUAUCAUCUCACCUAUAAACUACCCACAUAGACCUAACCUGGGAUGGACAGACCUUCAAUUUAGGAAUGAGGUUAGAUUGGAGGUCAUUUAGCUGAAAGAAACAAGCUAAAGUAUCCACUGUUUAGUUUUCAAGGAGCCUGCACAUGCCACAUAACAUUUUACUUCAACCACAGUAGCUGUUGGCAGGGUUUCUAGAGAAGUAUAUGUUUUUAUAGAUUUAUGUGUCUUUCUUGUGUGUAUUUUUAACUUGACUUUCUGAACAAAUAACCGCACAAGAGUUCCUAUGUGUGCAAGCACAAAUGGCAAAUAAAGUUCUUGAAUCUUGAA